UUAUGGGCUGCUUAUUUUUCAAAAGUGCUGUUGACAACUUACAACCUCCAAAAAAAUCAUUUUUUGAGUUUUAAAUGAAAGACAUUGAUGGAGUAGACACCUCUUUAUCAAAAUUUAAAGGUAAAAAAGCUAUUAUUUGUGUUAAUGUUGCAUGCUCAUGUGGUUUAACUUCAAGUAAUUAUAGCGAAUUAGUUGAGUUAUUCAAAAAAUAUAAGUAUAUUCUUUAUAUAUAUAUAUAUAAGUGCAUAAGGAUUGGAAAUUCUAGGUUUCCCUUGUAAUUAAUUUAUGAAUUAAGAAUCUAAACCUGAACCAGAAAUUAAAGAAUAUGUUAUCCAAAAAUAUGGAGUAUCAUUUCCAUUAUUUUAGUAAUAAUAUUAAUUUAAUAUCUAGAAAAAUUGAAGUAAAUGGACCAAAUACUCAUGAAUUAUAUUAAUAUUUGAGAUUAAAUUCGAAUAACUUAAGAGUGAGUGAAACUUCAGCUCGUUAGGUUCCAUGGAAUUUUGGAAAGUUUCUUUUAGAUGGCCAGGGAAAUGUCGUCGCUUUUUUCUAGCCAACUCAAAAGCCAAACGAGAUGAUAGCAUAAAUAGAAAAAUUGUUAAGUUAAUGAU